GACGCAAAUCCUGCCACUUUCAGCAUGUGCUUGAACACAAGCCGAAUUCUCAGCUCUGGAUGAUCGCCCAGCUAGAGAUUUGUCGCAAGCCCACACUCGAUAAUCGACCUUCGGCUUGAAGAUGCGCGCCAAUAGUUAGCGAUAUCUUCGCCCGUUGCUGUUUAAUGUAAGUCAUUCUUCAUGGCGUCUCUACAGCAGUCAAGAAUUCAGUCAUACCUGGAGAAGAAUAAAAUCGGACCAUUGUUUGAGGAGAUGAUGACCAAGCUGAUAACUGAGACACCAGACCACCCCAUUCCAUUUCUCAUUGGCCAUCUGCAGACCAAGCAGGAGAGUCCAGGCAGGAUUCAGAGGACACUGUCGGGUUCUGCUGCAUUGUGGGCUGAGAGCUCCUCAGAAUACAAAGGCACACGGCGGGACUCCAGAGGCAAUGAAAAGCCCUGGCAGAUCCAUCCCAAAAAGCCCAAGAAAUCAAAGAGUGACCUGGCCGUGUCCAACAUUUCCCCACCCUCUCCUGAGUCUAAAUCAUUGCCUCGUUCAAUACUGCGCCCCACCUGGGACUGGAGGACUAAACCUGAGAGUCGAGAUUUUGAUGAGCUCAACCAGAUACUCCAGGAGAGCAAGAAGCUAGGCAAGGCUCUUGAGAACCUGUCCCGCAGCAUUGCUGUAUCUGAUGACUUUGACCUGGACCCCCAAGCGUAUAACACUGUACUGAGACCGCGGGUGGUGGGCCAGUGGGUAGGCCGUGAGGAGGAUGAUUCCGACCCCCUUGCUGCUGAAAUGCUUCAACCCCCUGUCCCCAGAGCAAAGACUGAGGGCUGGAAAAGCAAAGACAACAGCCCUGUCGGAAGCUUGAAAAUGGAGACUAAGUGUAAAGGCCUAAAACAGCAGCAACAAAACCAUAAAAAACUUCUGGCAGCCAUGUUGUCUCAGGACUCGUUUGACUCCAUGCCUGACUCAGCCCCUUCCAUCACUGAGGAUGAGAUGGAGGAUGAAGAUGAUGCCAUGGAGCUGUUGGAGGAUUUGGAUGACCUGCGAAUGGAGGGGGUCACUGGCCUGGUGCCGUCUGGCAGUAAGUUUAGCCAGGGCCGCAGCUCCUACUGUUCAGAGCCCCAGGCCAAAGUCACUCUCAACAUCUGCUCAAGGUGUGCAAGGCUUCAAGGGGACAGUCUUACUCCUGCAAGACCAGAAGAAGAACCCACACCCUACAUCCCAGAGCAAGCCGUCCCAGAAAUACCUUGUCUAUUACCCACGGUGACAGAAACAGUGACAGCAGCAGAAGACCUGCAGAAGGCCUCUCAGUUGACAGGGCAGCGUCACCCUGUCUGGGCAUCGGAUGUGAAGCCGAUCAGAGGCAUGAGCCCCCAGACGACCAGACGUGCUCUGCAGCUCCAGGACUCCCUGUUUUCUAAGGAACUGGAGAACAUGGGCAAACAUCUCGCCGAGGUGGAGAAGGACUUGGCCAAGCUGGCAGAACAAGGAAAGCUCAACCGUAGUCCAAACAGCCCUCACCGGAGCUUGAUUUUAACCCCUCUCUUCCACACCACAAACACUCUUCCUGUCAUCGGACAGACGUCCAGACCACAGUCUCCCAGCAGCCUUUCCACAAAGACCGCAGGCCUGCCACUUUACAACACUAAACCCACAACCCUAGUCAUGGGCAGGACAUCUCCCAGCAACCCCAGCAGCCGAGCCCAGACCCCUAGUGGAGCACGGACGCCCAGCAGACCUGUGACCCCCAAUAGUCUCUUGCGAUCGUUUACUGCCGGAAGCCAUGGAAACAAAGAGCGUGUGUAUGGACGUUCUAGAAGCAGACCUGUCACACCAACUGGACAGAUAACAAGGCCGAUCCUCACACCCCCAGGUCUGAGCACUACAGAUUUAUAUGGAGGCCUAUGGAGCACACUGACAGAGGAUGAGUUUUACCAGCAGUUGCAGGCAGUCAGGAAGCCCUGGCGCAUCCCUAGUGACACAGAGAGUGAUCCUCCUGAGCAGGACAAGUGUAAUCCAAGUGGAGUGAGGGAUGCCAGCAAAAGAUCAGUGUUCUCAGGCUUGUAAUGAUGUGUAUAGAAGACGCAGUGUCAAUCAAACAUUUAUGCAAUUUAAAGGGGCAUUUGAAUAUUGAUUUAGCAAGAGACACUUAUUUUUUUAAUUUUCAGCAGAAGAUUGUGUACUUUUUCCACAGAAGUUAAUAUUUCUUAAAAAUGAACAUGUAUUAUACAGUACAGCCAUUUAAAAUUGUAGAAUGUAAUAUGUUUAUCAGAAAAACAUUAGCCUGCAAUUCUCUCUGUUAGCAUGAAUCUUUUCUGUCCAUGAAAUGUUAUUAUUUAAUGCUGCCUUGCAUAAAUAAAUACAAUUUAUCACUUUAGGUGCCAUAUCAAUGGUUGGUAAUGGGGAUUUUAAUAAGCCUUGUUUAUUAAUGUUUUAUGGCAUUAGCAGACAAUGUGAUAUUAGAAUUGUUCCGGUAUAUGUACAAUGUAAAUCCUCAGUUGGACAUGCACAGCACUGCCCUUGUGGACCUCAGCAUGACACUCUAUCA